AUGCCAUCACAAAGCCAUGGCCGCGUUUGUUUUCUGGUCGCCUUGUGCUCAAUCACUCUCUUUCUUCUUCUUCUCAACUCUAGCAUCAACGGUCGGAGCGCAGCGUGUCGACACGGACAGUAUUCAUGUUCUGGCCAGAAUGACAUAAGAAACUCAACCCUUGGUUUUGAGAAGAUCCUCGUCAUAAAUUUGCCUUGGCGCACCGACCGUCGCGACUCGAUUACGCUCGCAGCUGCCCACACCGGCCUGUCUCUGGAAUGGAUCAACGGGAUCAAUGCAUCACAGAUCAAUGAAAAGGCUUUUCCGUCGGGCAAUCAUAGGCAGAUGCCGAAGGGUAAUGUGGGAAGUUGGAGAGCGCAUAUGAAUGCUCUACGAUUGGUUGUGGAACGGAACCUGAGUACGGCAUUAAUACUGGAGGAUGAUGUGGACUGGGAUGAAAGAGUGCGGGGGCAGUUGGCAGAUUUUGGGAUUGUGAGUAGAAGAUUACCUGGAAUGAUCGCGCAAUUUGAUACAGGAGGUCAGGCCCAUGUUCCAGCUACGGAGAAUCCGUCUCAUGCGGAUCCAGUCUUAGAUGCCAUCGAGCUCGCAAAACGCUCUACGGCCCGCUUACCUAUCUCCAAUGAGCCAGCAUCUUCAGACCCCUACGGCCGUGACUGGGACAUCAUUUGGUUAGGACAUUGUGGCACCUCCCUUCCACCGCACCAGGUCUCCUCUCCAACAUCGCUGCCCCAAGUCGCCGACCGCUUCAUGCUGUCGCACGAUCCAACAGUGCCCAAUUCUUCAGAUCUGAGGCCCUCACACCUGGCGCCGCUAGACUCGAUUUCCUCCAUCUACCCACCUCACACACGAAUAUACCACCGCUCCUACCGUACCCUCUGCACGCUCGCAUACGCCGUAACGCAGGGCGGCGCCCGGAAGAUCCUCUAUGAACACGGCAUGCGCAAUCUAGACAAAGGGUAUGAUUUUGCCCUGAGUGAGUGGUGUGAUGGUCAGACCAAGAACAUGGGGGAAAGGUGUUAG